UACUCUCCAAGUAAAGGACAUUUUUAUUCCGCUUUAGUUAUAGUUAUAUAUUCUUUUGUUUUUUUUUUGAAAUUUUAGAAUAAUUUGGUUUGUUCAAUUGUUUUCCCUUGUUUUCAUCUGUAUACGGGUGUGCCGUAGAUUGUUGAUGGGACUGUAAAUGGGUUCUCUUGAAAGUGUGCUUCCGUUGAAGAGAGACCACAGUCACCAGCAGCUGCUUCGUUCCUCGUCGCCAGGAGCAAGCAGGUGGGAGAGGCUCAAAUCGAGGGUCACGAGGAUAGUGCUUUUGAAUAAGAUUGAUUAUCUGCAAUGGAUUUGCAGUGUGGGGGUUUUCUUCUUCUUUGUUUUGGUGUUCCAGAUGUUGCUGCCCGGUACAGUGGUGGAAAAAUCUGAGAAUACCUCAGUAUCUGGGGAUUUAGAAUUCUUGAAAGAGUUGGGUGGAUUGGACUUUGGGGAAGAUGUGAAGUUUCAGCCCUUUGAGCUCAUAGCAAAGCUCAAGAAAGAGAAUAGGGAGCUGAAUGGCACAGUUGAGUCAAGGAGGGCUAUGAACUUUGGGUAUAGAAAACCGAAACUUGGAUUGGUUUUUGCUAAUCUGCUGGUUGAUCGAUAUCAAGUCAUGAUGUUUCAUGUAGUAUCGGCUUUGAGGAAGAUUGGCUAUGAAGUUGAGGUGCUCACUCUUGAACAUGGUCCUGCAUAUGCUGUAUGGAGAGAUGCAGGAAUUCCGGUCAACAUCAUAGAAACUAAUAAGAGUUUGAUGAUCUAUAUAGAUUGGCUAAACUAUGAUGCCUUAUUUCUUAACUCAAUUGAAGCUGCAGCAGUCUUGCCUUGUCUUAUGCAGGAACCUUUUAAAAAUGUACCUGUUAUAUGGACAGUUCAUGAACAUGCACUUGCUGCUAGAUUGAGACAGUAUGAUUCAAGUGGCCAGAAGUCACUUGUUGAAAACUGGAGAAAAGUCUUUAGUCGUUCCAAUUUUGUUGUGUUCCCAACCUAUAUUCUGCCGAUACAAUAUUCAAUGGUUGAUGCUGGAAACUACUUUGUAAAUUUGGGUUCUGCUACAGAAGCAUGGGAAGCUGAUAAUUUUAUGGCUUCAAACAAAGAUGGUCUCCGGGCAAAGAUGGAAUAUGAACCAGAUGAUUUUAUUAUUGCAAUCGUGGGAAGUCAACUUCUAUACAAAGGUCUCUGGCUGGAGCAUGCCCUUGUUUUACAGGCUUUGCUACCAAUUAUCCAAGGAUUCCAGAAAGAUGGAAAUUCGAUUUCCUUCAAAAUCAUUGUCUUUGCCGGAUCUUCAAAUAGUAACUACAGCAUGGUUGUGGAGACCAUUGUGCGGACAUUGAAAUUUCCAAAGGGAAUGGUGAUGCUUGUUGGUCAAGAUGAAGAGAAAGACAGUAUUUUAAGUAUUUCUGAUAUUGUGAUAUACUCGUCACUCCAUGAAGAGCAAUCUUUUCCAGACAUUUUGCUAAAAGCAAUGUGCUUUGGGAAACCUAUUGUAGCCCCAGACCUGCCAAUCAUAAAAAAAUAUGUUGAUGAUCAGGUGAAUGGCUUUCUUUUCCCAAAAGAGAAUAUCAAGGUUUUGACACAGAUAAUGACCCAACUUGUCUCAAAUGGUAAAUUAUCACUUCUAGCUCAAAAUGCUGCAUUAGCUGGAUUGCAUGCGGCUAGGAACCUUAUGGUUUCACAAAGUGUUGAAGGAUAUGCUUUGCUAAUGGAAAACAUACUCGGGUUUCCAUCUGAAGUUGAAAAUCUACUGGCUUCAUUGAAUAUAGCAUGGCAGGGGCAGCUUUUUCAAGCAAUUGAUUCAAAUCAUUCUCAAAACAUAACUUGGAGGAUCCAUAAGUCUUUAGACAUUCUUGAAAAGCAACUAUUUCAUACCCAAAGAAUGGAUCCUGUAAUGCAAAUUGAUGAAACCUUUGUGUAUAGUAUCUGGGAGGAAGAAAAAUUUAAUCAGGCAGUGAAUAGGAGGAAGCAAAGAGAAGAUGAAGAGUUGAAGGGCAGAACUGAUCAACAUAGUGGAACAUGGGAGGAAGUAUACAAAAAUGCCAAAAGGGCUGACCGGGCAAAGAAUGAUUUGCAUGAAAGGGAUGAUAAGGAGCUUGAAAGGACCGAUCAACCAUUGUGCAUAUAUGAACCCUAUUAUGGGGAGGGGACCUGGCCCUUUUUGCAUCAUACAUCACUCUAUCGAGGAAUUGGACUUUCUACGAAAGGACGCAGACCUGGACUUGAUGACAUUGAUGCACCUUCUAGCCUUCCGCUUCUUAAUAACACCUAUUACCGAGAUCUCCUUAGUGAAUAUGGUGGUUUUUUUGCAAUUGCGAACCAGAUCGAUAACAUUCACAAAAACACUUGGAUAGGCUUCCAGUCUUGGAGAGCAACUGCAAGAAAGGAAUCUUUGUCUAAGACGGCUGAAACAUCAUUGGUAAAUGCUAUUGAAGCACAAAGAUAUGGUGACGCCUUGUUUUUCUGGGCUCCUAUGGACAUGGAUAUGACAAAACAGGAUUUCUGGUCAUUCUGUGAUGCUGUUAAUGCUGGAAAUUGCCAGUUUGCUUUCUCUCAGGCUCUGAAGAAGAUGUAUGGCAUUGAACCGAAUUUAACCUCUCUUCCGCCAAUGCCUGUUGAUGGAGGCACUUGGUCGCGCAUGCAUAGUUGGGUUUUACCGACAAGAUCCUUCCUAGAGUUCGUAAUGUUUUCAAGAAUGUUUGUUGAUGCACUCGACUCACACUUCUAUGACGAGCACCAUGAGAGUGGAUAUUGCUACUUGAGUUUAAGUCAGCAGGACAAGCAUUGCUACUCGAGGCUGCUGGAGCUGCUCAUAAACGUUUGGGCGUACCAUAGCGCUAGAAGAAUGGUAUAUGUGGACGCAAAUACAGGUUUGAUGCAAGAACAACACGAGUUGAAGAGCCGGAGAGGUCAUAUGUGGGUGAAGUGGUUCCAGUAUGAGACACUUAAGAGCCUGGAUGAGGAGCUGGCUGAGUUGGCUGAUACUGACCCUCCGAAGAAGCGGUGGCUAUGGCCGGCCACAGGUGAAGUUUUCUGGCAAGGUAUCUUAGAGAAGGAGAGGAGUCUAAGGAAUAAAGAGAGAGAGAUAAAGAAGCAACAGAGUAAAGAUAAGCUCUUUAGGAUGAGACAACGGACUCGCCAAAAAGCAUUAGGGAAAUACGUGAAGCCUCUACUCGAGAAUACAGAAAAUUCUAACUCAACACAAGCUGCUGCAGCAUAGCUUCCAGGUAACAUUCCAUCUCACAAAGUAGUUAACAUUUUUCACUUCACCAAUACUACCUGCCGCCAUUCUUUCAUUCCCGUUUGCAAGAAGGGAAUCAAGGGAUGCUUAGGCCAAAUAUUCUGUUAGUUCUUGUAGGUAGAUACAUCCUCGAUCCUUCUGGUGCUGUCUGUUCAUAAUUUUUUUUGGGUGUGGUUUAGGGGGAACUCUCAAAAUCUAACGAAACAGUUGUGUAAAUGGUUAAAAGGCUCCUUCAUUGAUUAAUGUCUCUGAUCUUGAGUUGCAUAGUUGUAAUGCAGAUUAUCAUAAACUCCAUGUUAAACUAUAAACGGGCUUAAUUUAUUCAUAUCAAUAGCUACUGCAGAUUUAUUAGAA